AUGGACUGGAUAGGGGCAGUGCUGCUGCUGCUACUAAGCAUCACCUGCCUACUGCUGGCGAAGGGAGCCCACAAGACCAAAGGUCGCCUGCCUCCAGGGCCCAGACCCCUGCCCCUGCUGGGUAACUUACUGCAGCUCCGAUCUAGAGACAUGCUGGCCUCACUCACGAAGCUGAGUCAGGAGUAUGGUCCUAUAUUCACUGUACACCUGGGCACUCGGCCCGUGGUUGUCCUAAGUGGAUAUGAGGCAGUCAAGGAGGCUCUGGUGGACAAGGCAGAAGAAUUUUCGGGACGUGGGGAGUAUCCAGUUUUUCAUGACUUCACAAAGGGCAAUGGCAUUGCCUUCUCCAAUGGGGAAAAGUGGAAGGUCUUGAGGCGAUUUUCCAUCCAGAUCCUUCGAAAUUUCGGGAUGGGAAAGAAAAGCAUUGAGGAGCGAAUCCUGGAAGAGGAAGCUUUCCUUCUGGAGGAACUGAAAAAAACUGAAGGUGCCCCCUUUGAUCCCACCUUCGUGCUCAGCCGCUCAGUGUCCAACAUCAUCUGUUCAGUCAUCUUCGGCUGCCGCUUUGACUAUGAAGAUGAGCGUCUGCUCAAGAUUAUCCAACUCAUCAAUGACAACUUUAAGAUCAUGAGCAGUCCCUGGGGGGAGAUGUACAACAUCUUCCCUGGCCUCUUGAAAUGGAUCCCAGGCCCCCACCACCGCCUCUUUCAGAACUUUGGGUGCAUGAAGGCCCUCAUCGACCACAGCAUCCAUGAGCACCAGGCCAGGCUGGACUCCAGCUGCCCCUUGGAUUUUAUUGAUUGCUUCCUUAUCAAGAUGGCCGAGGAAGCCCAGAGGCCGGAUAGUCACUUCCACAUGGAGACGCUGGUGAAGACAACGCACAACCUCCUUUUUGGUGGCACAGAGACCGUGGGCACCACGCUGCGCCAUGGCUUCUUACUUCUCAUGAAGUAUCCUCACAUUCAGGCCCGGGUACAGGAGGAGAUCGACCGCGUGGUGGGACUGGGGCGACGGCCGACCCUGGAGGAUCGCUCGGCCAUGCCCUACACGGAUGCGGUGCUCCACGAGGUACAGCGCUUCGCAGACGUCAUCCCCAUGAACUUGCCGCACCGAGUCACCCGCGACACGGCUUUCCGCGGUUUCAUACUACCCAAGGGCACUGAGAUCAUCACCCUCCUCAACACCGUUCACUACGACCCCAGUCAGUUCCAGACACCCAAUGAAUUCAACCCUGCCCACUUCCUGGACUUCAAGGAAGACUUCAAGAAGAGCCCGGCUUUCAUGCCCUUCUCUGCUGGGCGACGCCUGUGCCUAGGGGAACCUUUGGCCCGCAUGGAGCUGUUCCUUUACCUGACAGGCAUUCUGCAGAACUUCACACUACAGCCCCUGUGCCCCCUGGAGGAAAUCGAUGUGACCCCCCUCAGCUCUGGCCUAGGCAAUGUGCCUAGACCCUUCCAGCUCCGAAUGCUGCCCCGAUAA